AGGAGGUACGAGAAGCAAAGGUCUCAUCCACAUCAGUACUGAGACGCCUUCUGAGAGUGCUCAGACAUGGGGGGCUUCACGCAGAGGGUUCUGCUACUACUGUCCCUUAUCAGCUUAGUGAAAGCCUUAGAAGUUCAUCAAGUGUGUGAGGACAUCCCUAUAGGUGAGUUGGCGUUUCAGAUAAAGGAAAUAACUGCUGGACCUACACUGACCAUCACACUCUCUGGGCAACACGCGUCAUUCUUCCGAGUUCAGCCAGAAACUGCGCGUGUACUCGUGAAUUCUCCGUUGGAUAGAGAGUCUAUAGAAAUGAUGAACCUUGAAGCUACUAUCUCUCAAGGUGGCACUGUUACAAAUAGACCCAUACUUUUGAUAAUAAAGGAUGCCAACGACAACCCACCCAGAUUCCUGGAGCCUUCUUAUGAUAAAAAUAUCCCGGAAAAUACAGCUUCAGGUACAUCCCUGUUCAUGGUGAAAGCACAGGAUUUCGACAUGAGUACUGCUGGUGCUGUUAGAUACCACAUUGAUGAGGUAACACCAGAUCAUGGAAUGAGUCUAUUUACCGUCGUUGCAAACACUGGUGAAGUGAGAUUAAAUGGGAAGUUGAAUUACACCUCACUGAGCACCUUCUAUCGAAUGAAGAUCAAUGCAACUGAUGGUGGAGGCCGUUGCUAUUUCCCUGAAAAAAACUACCACUCGAGCACCGUUUUCUCCUUCAUCACGGUUGUUGACGUUGCCGACCUCGACCCUCGGUUCAUGGGCAUUCCUUACGUGGGGAGUGUUUACGAGCACUCAGCUCCGGAUGUGGCUGUGUUAACAGUGAUCGCAUUAGACCAGGACAUCGGCAUCAAUGACGACAUUCUCUACAGCAUUGAAAGUUCCACGGUAGACGGCCUGUUUGCCAUCUCAGAAAGUGAGGGCACCAUAACUGUACUGUCAGACAUUGACAGAGAGGUUGUUGGUGAUAUUGUAACCCUGACUGUGAAGGCCACUGAAUCUAAAUUAAAUAUCCAUGGGGUCCAUGCCAGUACCACAACAGAGGUACAGAUCAACAUCCUGGACAUCAACGACAACAAGCCAGAGUUUUACAAAUGUGGAGAGACCUGUGUGACUGCGACGCAGUUCACAGGGGAGGUGUUCGAGAACUCCUUGGGGUCUAUUUCCUUCAACAUGACGGUGAAAGAUCUCGAUAAGAUCUCCCGAACUAAACUGACCCUGGGGGGAGAGCACAAGGACGUGUUUUCCGUGGAGCCCUCAUUCACCACAUCGGAUAGCAUCGUUCAGUUCCUCGUCAGGCAGCUGGAAAAUCUGGAUUACGAAAAAACCCAGCAAAUGAUCCUCCAGGUGAUUGCUGUGGAUGAAGAAAAAACCACCUUCAGCUCCACUGCCACAGUAACUAUAGACAUAAAAGACACCAAUGACAACAGUCCAAUUUUCCCAAAGGACACAUAUGAGCUGAGAGUGAAAGAACACUCUCCUGCGGGGACAAUUGUGGCCACAAUCACUGCAGAUGAUCCUGACACAAUGGAUAAAGACAACCUCACCUACAGGAUCAUUCCAGAGAGCAUGCUGCCAUACUUUGACGUUGAGCCUCGUACGGGCAUCGUUUACGUGAAAAACGAAACUCUGUUGGAUCGGGAGGCCAGAUCCCUGUAUUCACCCACCCUGCAGGCCAGAGACACAGACGACAAGCCGGGCGCGACGGUACUGGAGAUCACUCUGAUCGACAUCAACGACCAGCCUCCUGUCAUCAACAGAGACUCUUACCUGGAGUUUGUUAAAGAGGGGGCGCAGCUUGAAAUCAAGAUAGAGGCCACAGAUGCAGAUGAACCCGGCACAAUCAACAGCCAAAUCAUGUUCAGAAUUGAUCCCAGCGAGCACAGUGGCAACUUCACCAUUGACCGUGAUACUGGUAUGUUAGGAAACAUCGGUGAACUGGAUCGGGAGGCUCUGGAUCCAGACCUAAAUGGAAGGAUCCAGGUCAACGUAACAGCAGUGGACAAGGGAGAACCUCCGCUGUCCAGCACUGUUCCAGUUUUUAUCAAUGUGGAGGAUGUCAAUGACAACGCACCACAGUUUAAAGACCGGUCUUACAGUUUCUCUGUAAAAGAAGGGCGAGGUGGGUUUGUGGGGUCCAUUCACGCUGAGGAUCUGGAUCAAACAACAGAGUUUAACCGCAUCUCUUUCGGCAUUGUCGAUGGAGGUUUUGGCAACUUCAUCAUUCGAAGCUUCGCAGACGUGAAGGGUUACAGAGGAAACAUCACUGUAGACCCGGACGUUGAGCUGGACUACGAGGGCAUCCACAAAGACUUCAGACUGAAGGUGGAGGCGGCAGAUCUGGAGCAGAUGAAAACUACAGUGAUGGUGGUGGUGAAAGUGCUGGAUGUGAACGAUGAGAGGCCCGAGUUCCUCCCAAUGCUGCCAGUGUCCGUGAAGGAGAACACCACCAUCCUUGUUCCGAUCGGGAAAUUUUCAGGACAUGACAAAGACAGCAACCACUCUCUGAUCUAUGAGCUGGAAUCCGUCACAUGCAGAUGUAAAAACGUGCAGAAAAACUGCAGCUGGUUUAUCCUCGACCCAAAUGGGAACGUCAGAGUCAAUCCUGAACACACAGUGGAUUAUGAAGAAUGUGACCAGGCAGUGGUGGUGGCUCAGGUGGUGGACGAGUACACAGAGAAAGGAGAGAACAACAGUGUCACACCAGGACAAAUGGUGAUCAACAUUGAAGACAUCAACGACAACAUCCCAGAAUUCACUUUAUCAGAUUCUGUAUUCGUUGUGGUGGCAGAAGCUGCCAGCAAAGGGACAUCAGUUGCUCAAGUCAAUGCUACCGAUCGAGACUCUGGAAUACACGGGCAGAUUGAGUUUAAAGUCUCUGAAGUCCGUUUUGAGUACACAGAUAAUAGCAAUGAUCCCAUGCCGAUCUUGUUUGAACCUGUCAAAACACAGCAAGGCAAAAAUUACAUUGGGAUUAUUCAAACCACCGAGCCCCUGGAUUUGUCCCUCAGAGGGAAGUAUUUGGUCACAGUAACAGCAAUAGACACUGGCGGCCUCUCCAGCGACAUUGUACUGGACAUCUUCACGGUCGAUAAAACGUACAAAGUCGAGCUUCUGUUUGUAAUCUCUCGAGAAGAGGUUCAGGGCAAGCUGGAUGAGAUUGUCAAGGCUCUUAUUUCUGCCACCAAGGCUUCAGUUCAAAUUAUUGCGGUUAGAGCUGUCAAUGGUGAAGAAAGCAGGGCGACAGAAAAGACAGUCCUAGAGGCUUAUUUUGUCUACCGAAAUGGGACUGCUCUUUCCUUAAGCGAUGUGGAUCUCAUGCUCUCUCUUCCUGAACAUUUUGUUGUCCUGAAAGAUCUUGGCCUUGAUGUCAUUGGGGAAGUUCCUGAGGUUGAAACACAGACCCCCAUUGUAACAUUCGUCCUCUAUGGGAUGGUGGCAGGCCUCAUCAUUACGCUGGCUGUCCUCACCACCUCACUGAUGUGCACUCGCAGAAACUACAAGAGGAAACUGAAGGCAGCCAAGGCGAUGAACUCAGCAUCCAUGGUGACUUCUGAUAACCAAAAAAGUGGUCCAGUGGUACCUGGAACCAACAAGUAUACAAUGGAAGGUGCUAACCCGGUACUCAACCUCCACAUUGACACAGCUCUAGUCCUGGACUUAGAUGAGGGCAGUUCAGAUGUGGACAAAGUCAGCCUCAACUCCCUGGACGACGAUUAUGAUAUGAUCAUAACUAACAAGGAGACAUCAUCUACCAUGAAUAUCCAGGAGGAGGAUGAGGAGGAAGAAGACGACAUGACCAUAGUGUACAGUGAGCCUCUGGGUGCAGCACUGGCCCAGGUGGGGCAGAAGAAAAAGGGAGACAAGGACCACGGUGCCUUUGAAAACCCUGCAUUUAGCACUACGGACCUGUGAUGUAAAUAAUGACAGAGUCACAGAGAAUGGAGGCCUUAGAUGGACAUAGUCAUGAAAACCAAAUAGACCAGACUGCCUGUGGUGGAAGGUGACUAGUUUGUCACUAGUCACUAGUUUUGACCAUUUCCAAUAAAUGACCAAGUGUACACUGGGUUCCGACAACUCCUCAGUGAUUGAUGACUUUACUGAAACUUUAAUGAUGGAAGCCAAAAUAGGAAGUGGAAAUCAAGGAAAAUUGCAUCAAAUAUUCAACAGCAUAUAGAGCUCUUGAAAUGAAAGGUAAUCUGACUGUCAAAUGGAGAACAUUUUUUUUGUGUCGCAGCUAAAGACAAUUUCUGAUCUUAAUUAUUGAAUUGACACAAAAGCAAAAUUGUCAAGAUUGCAGUUUUUUUCAUCUCCAACAUUUAGGCUCAGGUUAAGUUCACACGCCGCAUCCUCUAGAUGCAAAAGUGUAGCAAACCCGGCUGACCGGGAAAACAAAUAAAACAACUCAGCUGCAGAUGAAAAUAACUUUAUUUCUGUAAAUGUAUUAGCAAUGGCUUAAAACAGUUGGUAUCGCAUUGAAAUUAACUGUAUGUAAGUUAUGUCAUCACCACACAAUACUAAUUUCCAUCAAAACAAAUGCUACUACAAAGUAAUUAAAGAAAAGAAGAUAGAAGAACAUUUGGGCAUGUUAGUUUAUGACUGAAAUGUUUAUAAAUGACUAUAUUUCAACCAAAUCAUUUCAUUUGUCCAUAUUGUCUAUGAAAUUGAUGUACAUAAUGCUGAAAUAAUUUCUCAUGCAGAAUAGCUUUGUGGCUUCCAGUCAGCAGCAAAUGGUAAAAAAAAAUAAACAAACAAAAAGAAAAAAUCCUAAAUGUUUACGAACAACUACAUGAAUGUAUUACAAGUGCAAUCUUUGAAUUAAAAUCAGUUUUUUCAAAUGUGA